AUGGCGGAUUUCAGUUAUUACGGUACCAAACGUCACCAUUUUUUAUCGGCCGAAUUUCCUAAUAAUCACAAGCGACCCCAAAGUCCAACCACGAAUGCCAGCCAAAUGUAUUAUCCACAACAACUUCAUACACAUGGCCAGGUCGACUAUAAUACCAACGCAAAUAAUAAUAUAGAGAAUUCCUAUGAUUCUAACUAUAGCCACUUAGAUUCCCAAGUCAAUUUCUAUACACAACCUAAUUACAGUUUUAAUUCAAGCAUCUACUCCCCUAGCGCUCACUGGGUUCCAAAUUCAAUGCAGACUUACGUUGGUAACAAUCAAAAUCUACAAAGAGAGUAUUGCGUCGUUACUGAUUCUCAUACGCAGCAACCUUUUUAUGCCAGUUUCGGUAGCAUUCCAUCUAAUCAGAGAGUUCUUGUCGAGCAGACAAACAUUUUGAAUACACCACAGAAUACCAGCGCACCUGUUGAGGUUAAGACUAAUCCUGUUUACAAUGAACACCAAGCAGUUAUUACUCAUACAGAUCGAUAUGCAGAAGGACUGGAGAACCAAGAUCUAAAUCUAAUGCAUUUAAACAGAAAUGGCAAUGCAUCAACACACCAGGCUGAAUCUGAAACCAGCAUUGCAGCAAAGAAUCUGUCGCAUGUCUAUAACGAGGAUCAUUUUUCUGAAGACUCAGAAUCCCAAGAUUCAAUCUCAUCCCAAUCUAGCAGCACCAACAUGAGAGCUACUAGAAGUCGAAGUAUGAGGAUUUACAAACGUCGUGGAACACAGGAUUCUGUUGAAAGAACCAACAACAGAGAACUGAUGACUAUGAAACUGAAGGGAAAUCCGUCUUUUUAUGACAAUCAAAUUACUUAUGCCAGUGGCGAUGGUGACCUUUGUGAGCCACCAGCGAAAGUUUGUGUCAUGGAGAAGCCUUCUGAGAAUAGAACAUUUGAAAACUAUCAGAUAUCUUCUAAUGUCCAUACCCUGCAACCAAAGCAUAUAAUAUCGUGGUAUAUAGAUUAUUUGAUAGCAGAGAAUGAAGAUAUAACAGAGAUGUCAAAAUCUUUCACAAUGCCGGGUAAUAUUUUUGCAUGCGAUGAUUUCUAUUAUAUGGAAGUCCUUCAAAAGCCGGUCAAUUUUCCAACCUCAAAGUUUAUCCAUUGGAUGAAUCGCAAUUUCCCUAGUAUUAAUCUCAAUGCCUUAGAGUUUCUCCAGAAAGAUCGCCAAAUGAUACAGCCUUAUGAUCUGAGAGAAUUUUGGAAGUCCAAAUCGUCGCAUGAAAUCAUCAAGGAAGUGUUCUAUCAUUUUCAAGAAAAACGAAUUAACAAAAAAUGAAUGCUCUUUAUUUCAUAGUUCAAAAUGUGAUAUUUAAACAUGAUGUGAUAAGAACUGCAUGUUAAAAACUUUAUUUUUUAUUCUUGUUUAGUUACGAUGUACAGUUCUGAAUUCAUCUGA